CACGUCACUUCGACGCCGAAGGCACACUUCUCAUCAUGAAUACCAUCCGAUCAGUAGGCUACGGCUGGGGCGUCCUUAUCCUAGCCGGCGGCGGCGCAUACUAUUUUGCAAAGAAAGAAAUCAACGCAGACCGAGAAGUACGCGCCGAAGCCGACCGCAAGAAACGUGCAUUUCAAGAUCGCAUGCGCUCCGAAGAGUAUAGAAACCGACUGUCUGCGUCUGAAGAUAGCGCAAAUGCAAACCUUGAAGUUAGUCAAGAUCCAGCGCUCACGAGACAUGCACCUGAAGCGAUGAGACAGAAGACAGUAGAGAAGAGCAAGUACGAGCCCAGUGAGCCAUGGCAGAGUCCAAAAGGGAAUCGUUUUAGUUAGCGGAACCUCCCGUAAGAGGAAGUGCUCAGUCCCUGUGCUUAGCAAGAGGCUUCUAGCGUUUCUGAGGCUCUACGCAAUAUGCUAUGUACUAUCGCGACGUAUCUCGGCCUACGCCCAGAGCGACCUAAUAAUAGUAUGGAUACACGAUACUCUCGACAAGGGGAUCACUAUAACAAUCUUUAAUAUCCUUACUCUCAUGUAAAAUUCCCGCAUGUCCCAGACAGGUACUCAACCCUUGUACGAGGAAUAUCCUAGCUAUGCGUGCGCACGAUCUUGGCGACGCCAUACGCUAUUAGUGAAAGACCAGGUGUGUAGGGCCGAGGAGUAAGUGUUUACCAUGAUGCGAGCGCUACUUGGAAGUCAUUCAAAUUUUCAAGGCCUC